AUGACUAUCCCGGUUGAGCAGAUUGGUAGUGAGCGUCAGAGAAUUCCGGCCACUCUGGUGAAAAUCGAAAAGUCGGUGGGCCUCAUACAGUAUAAUCCGAAGCAAACUCCUGUCAGGGUAUCUUUGGGUGAUCUUCAGCUUGCCCCUUCGGCUUUUGAUGCACCACAAGGAGCUCUGUCGAACGACACAGACCAGGAUGACUCUGCGUCAAAUAAUUCCUCUCCAGCGCCGACAUUCUCCCCCCGCGAUGUCGCUGAAAUAUGGCUCAGUCACGAAAAUACAUCUCGGAAGCCAACACAUCCUGGAAACUCAGAAGAAGCGACUAACAAAUCCGAUGAUCAAAAUCGCAAUCAACCCCAAUUUACCGGGGCUUGGUGGCCUGGUCGGGUUUUAAACGUUCAAGGAGGCUUCGCUCAUGUUGAAGUCGCGGCUCCUCUGGCGGAUGCUGUGGAUGAUGAUGCCACUGCCACACAAGCAAUGCCUCACCUGGUACGCAUGGGGUCUUCCAUUUUGCCUUAUCGAUCAACUCUAGUAAAAUUGGACGAAGUUCGUGUGCCGUGGCACGGUCGGCCAGUAGUUCCGAUCACAGAAACCGGUCGUCCGACUGUGAAUGCAGCCGCAAAGGAGAGUCACAGUUCUGAGCCGACCACGUUGCUCUCUCCAGGUGUCUUGCAUCGACAUACCAUUUGCAUUCCAGCCUACUUGGCCCGGUUAGCCACAUCAACCUACUCGCACUCUGCCCUCAUCAAGUUCUGCGGUGCGCCUUGUCUUGUUCAGUGUGAUCCUGAACCUUUCCUGGCUGCAGCAAUGGCCAAGCGAAUUUUGGCCGAUAGCAGCUCUCGCGCGGCUUCAGGGCGUCAAACUCCUAGUCAGCAAGAGUCCGAGGUGAUCGUUCCCGCCGUUUCUCUUUCAUCGGACACGCAGGUUUCUUGCUCUCCUGCAUGGCCUUCACCUGCUGUGAUCAGCCAAUCAACAAUUUUGAAUCCGCCAAAUAUUGUUGGAUCUUUGAGUUCUGCAGGAAUCACAGAUCCGGCUCUGCUUCUAGAGGGACUUCCUGGUGCAAACGAACCUCUGGUUUUGUUGCACAUUUGGUCUGGAUCUCCUGAGGCCAUUCGUCGUGCCAGUCUACUAGAACUCGCUCACGUUCGGAUUCUUGUGUUCCGGUAUCAUCUGCUAGAUUUGACUGACUCCAUUGAUGCCCCAGUGGAGAACGGUGAUGCACCUGUGAUGCACUGUAAACCAAUUAGUAUUCCGGUGUUGAACAACAAUGACGAGCAAAAUCCAAACGAUCGAGCUGGUGGGAUGAUGAUUGGCUAUUCUGGCCGUUUCCGUAUACAACCAGAUCUCAUUGGUUUAGCGAUCGGCUAUCGCGGUGCCACCAUCCAAGAGGCUCGUGGUUUGCCCGGUGUGCGCACCGUGGAUUUGCUUCAAGAUGGAAUAGUACACGUCGAAGCUGAGACUGUUGAAGCCUGUCAAGCAGUGCGUCAUCUUCUCGACUUUACCGAAGCUGAGAUCCCAGUUUCUCCGCGACUUGCUAGUCGCUUGAUCGGUUCAAAGGGCAUGAACAUUCGAAAACUUGCUGCCUCCGCCGGUGUCCGUCGCGCCGUACUGCUUGACCCACUCACAAGAAGGAAGCGUCAGCAACAGAUCAAACAGCAGCCUUUAUCCCUCCUCACGGAGCGGGACGGUUCCGAUGUGGCAAGUGAGAUCGGUCGUGAUGAUCAUAAUGCCGAUGGAGAUAAACUCUCGGAACAUCCACAGACAGAUGCCGAUUCAGCUGCCGAAGAUAGCAAUACAAACUUGUUGAAAGACGGUGAGAAGCUACCUCCCCCUGCGUUUUAUUUGUUGGGAACGAGACCGGCCGUGGCCAAAAUGCGCUUGCUUCUCGAAUUUCAGGCUGAUAAUUGGAAUGAGCUUGACGAACUUGAGGAAGCACGGCGCAGUUUGUAUAGUCAACUUCGACAAGCCAGCCAACCACCGGCGGAAUCAGUGAACGGUGCCCCUGUCCGUGGAGGUUAUGGUGGUCCCGGUCGUGGAUCAAAUCGCGGUCGUUGGGCUUCUGGUCGAGGUGGUUCCGUAGAUGGCGCCCAAGAUGGUGACGCGGACACUCAUCCACAACAUGACCAGGGCUCAUAUCGCGGUCGUGGUCGUGCUUCCAACGGUGGCCCAUUUAGUCGACCGCCACCAUCGCAGCCUGGCCGUCCCAUGCGUAAUGCAGACCCGAACACUGCAGAUGUUCCAGGAUCAAGACCCGAUGGCCCAGUGGGCAAACGAGCAGGAGAUCCCCGACAGGUGGCUGGUUCCGGUGUCGUAAUGAACGGUGGUGCUCGGAAUCCUGAAAGAGGACGUGGCCGUGGACGUGGAAGGGCAGCCAACCCACCUAUUCAAGGAUCAGCCUAA